ACUAAGUCUAAUAACAACAACGUAAUACCCCCACUGCUCUACGCCCUUACCCCCACUGCUCUACGCCCUACCCCCCACUGCUCUACGCCCUACCCCCCACUGCCCUACGCCCUACCCCCACUGCUCUACGCCCUACCCCCCACUGCUCUACGCCCCUACCCCCACUGCCCUACGCCCCUACCCCCAUUGCUCUCACGCCCUACCCCCCCACUGCUCUACGCCCCUACCCCCACUGCCCUACGCCCUACCCCCCACUGCCCUACGCCCUACCCCCACUGCUCUACGCCCCUACCCCCACUGCUCUACGCCCCUACCCCCACUGCUCUCACGCCCUACCCCCCACUGCUCUACGCCCUACCCCCACUGCUCUACGCCCCUACCCCCACUGCUCUACGCCCUACCCCCACUGCUCUACGCCCUACCCCCACUGCUCUACGCCCUACCCCCAUUGCUCUACGCCCUACCCCCCACUGCUCUACGCCCCUACCCCCACUGCUCUACGCCCUACCCCCCACUGCUCUACGCCCUACCCCCAUUGCUCUACGCCCCUACCCCCCACUGCUCUACACCCUACCCCCCCACUGCCCUACGCCCUACCCCCACUGCCCUACGCCCCUACCCCCCACUGCCCUACGCCCCUACCUCCCACUGCUCACGCCCUACUCCCCACUGCCCCUACCCCCCACUGCCCUACGCCCCCACUGCCCUACCCCCACUGCCCUACCCCCACUGCCCUACCCCCACUGCCCUACGCCCCUACCCCCCCACUGCCCUACGCCCCUACCCCCACUGCUCUACGCCCCUACCCCCACUGCCCUACACCCUACCCCCACUGCCCUACCCCCCACUGCCCUACGCCCUACCCCCCACUGCUCUACGCCCUACCCCCCACUGCUCUCGCCCUACCCCCCUGCUCUACGCCCUACCCCCACUGCCCUACCCCCCACUGCUUUACCCCCCCACCCCCCCUUGUGGAGAUCUGAGAGGAUUUGA